GGGAGGAGUUCUAUUUUCGCCGGAAACCUUCAGGUCAAAGUCCGAUAUUCAACGGCCUCUCGAGACCCUCACGUUUGUGAAAUUGGCCCACCUACUCUACUUCUCCACCUCGUGGGGAGCGGCUCUAUGGUUCACCUUCAUUGGCGGCAUCAUCAUGUUCAAGAAUCUGCCGAGGCAUCAGUUUGGGAAUCAUGUCCCCGACGUACUUCACUCUGGUCGGAGUUUGCUGUGUGGGAUCGGUUCCGGCUUUUGGGUACUUGCAUCCAUGGAAGACCUCAUUCUGGGGCUCUUGCUUUUAACUAUCAGCAAUCUUUUACUCUUCACUCCCAUGAUUACUCCUAUCAUGUGUUGGUUUGUGAAGAACAGCUUACGAAAUUGGUCAUUGACAAAGAGGCAUUUCAGAAGCAAAUGUUAGAAAAGCUUAUAUGGAUAUACGGAGUAUAUAAGUGC